GGCGGGCGCCCAACAUUCACUGGGCGCUCAUCACCUCGCGAAUUCAGUUAAUGGUCGGGCUAACCGAGUGCCGGGCCCACCACGGCUGAAAUUUCGAUCGUCCCGGCUGAAAUUCACUGGUCAUUGACACGCGACCUUUCAGCGACUCGUCGCGGCUUUGUCUCCCGCUCUGAUAGAUUUUAAAAUUGAGUCCGGAGUUUAUUCUGUGAACGCUGGGAAUGAAAUUUUUAAGAUUGUGAUUUUGUUUUUUUAUAGUCUUCAUAGCGCAUAAAAUUUCGUGAUUAUAUUACUCGUAUUCAUUCACACAUUCGAUACAAUUUUGCGGUGUCGCUUUUUUGUUCUUUGUGCGUUAUUUUUAGUCAUCAUUCAUUUUGUCGGUCUCUACAACUCAGUGAAUGUGAAUGUUCUGUAGUUCGUGAUUUGUGGUGUCGAAUAUUCAGCUGAUUGUGAUUUGCGCGAUUUUUUACCUGCGGCAGCGAAUAUCUUCAUUUCUUUCCCCCCAAAAAUAAUUAAAUUUCAUUUUAUUUAUUUAUUUAUUUAUUACGUUGACCUUUCUUUUUACUGAGGUAGGUCCAUCGCAUGAGAAUGCACCUUCUAGUGUACAGUUUAACGACACAGUGUUGUGCUUACUUUGUACUGGAUUGGUUUCGGGGGCUUAAUAACACGUCGCGUUGAAAGACUUUUGCGGCUUCAAUUGUAUCGGGUAGUGAGCAGAAAUAUUAACGCAGGGAACGGAUAUUUUGGAUGAAAAACCUGCGUUAAAAAAAUGAUUUAUGUUGUCACCUUCCUGGUUGCAAUUCUUUUCGCAUACGUCUUCAAAAACUUCAGACGACCAAAAAAUUUCCCGCCAGGGCCCGAGGGUCUGAAAUUCGUGGGCAAUGUUCCACUAAUAAAACGACUGAGCCGUGAGCAAGGAGGCCUACAUCUAGCGUUCUCGUCUCUAGCCGAACAGUUCGAGACGUCGAUUUUAGGCCUGCAGCUUGGCUCCGAUUUAGUGGUUGUAGUCUUUUCGGAGGACAACCUUGCUGAGGUUCAUCUCAGCGAUGUCUUCCUCGCUCGGCCUGACAACUUCUUCACAAGACUCCGCACUUUCGGUGUGCGGCGAGGUAUCACGAUCACAGAUGGAGAGGUAUGGCUGGAGCAGCACAAGUUUGCACUCAAACACCUUCACCAGCUAGGAUUUGGCAAGGUGAUGAUGAAAAGUCUUAUAAAAGAGGAACUAGGAUAUUUCAUAGAAUUGCUUCGAUCUGAAAGGGAGAACAUCUGCGUCACUAAAUACCUGGCACCUUUGGUGUUAAAUGUGCUGUGGACCAUUGUGGCAGGAUCCCGUUUUUCUCUGGAUGAUCCCCAACUAAGUCGACUUCUGGAGCUUAUGAGUUCUCGAGGGAAAGCGUUUGACAUGUCUGGAGGCGUCCUCAACCAGUUUCCGUGGAUCAGGUUCUUUGCCCCCGAAAAAUCGGGAUACAAACUCAUCUCCAGCCUCAAUUCACAACUUCGUGAUUUCAUCGUGGCUGAAAUUGAAACUCACAAAAAGACUCGAACCGGUGAGAUCAGAGAUUUCAUAGAUUUAUAUUUAUCAACAAUAGAUGCUCCUGAAACAAAUAAGGAUAUAUUCAAUGAGGAUCAGCUGGUGGCAGUAUGCCUGGAUUUCUUCAUUGCUGGCUCGCAAACAACCAGUAACACCCUGGGUUUCGCUCUGCUGGCCAUGGUGCGACACCCUGAUGUUCAAACCAAAGUUCAACGAUGUUUGGAUGAUGCGGUCGUGCCGGGAACAUGCCCCAGCUUCACCGAAGAAAAAAGGCUGAACUAUGUAUCCGCGGUGCUCCUCGAAUCCAUGCGUAGCUGUCACGUGGUCCCGGUAACUGGACCUCGCCGCGCUACACAAACGACUACCGUUGGUGGUUACACUAUUCCUGAGGGAACAACAGUAUUAAUGAGCGUCCACUCAAUCUUGAACGACAAGAAGCGAUGGGGCGAUCCAGAAGUAUUCAGACCAGAAAGAUUUUUAGACAGCGACGGAAACAUUGUCAAUUCCGAGCGGUUAUAUUUCUAUGGACGAGGCAAGCGAAGAUGUAUUGGAGAGGCGCUGGCGAGGAAUUUCAUCUUCCAGUUUUUCACUAGUCUCCUCUACCACUUCGAGUUCUCAGCCACUCCCGGAAAAACCUUACCAACAACCCCUAUCCCGGGAAUCACCUUAAGUCCGCAGCCAUACUUUGUGGAUGUGAGGCCUAGACAUCCAGCACAGACCACGGAACAUAGGCAUGGAUGACCAUGUUCAUAAUUAACGUGCCAAGCGUGGACAUCAUAUAUUGGCUGCAAUAAGGACCGUUACCCAAAAUUGGUUAAUACAAAAGCGCCUGAUUGUUCCUUGGAUCCAAAAGGACAAGGAUCAAGACUGCCGUGCUAAGGAGGAAAGCCGUAUUCACAUUCGAGAGUUGCCAAAUUUCCUUCGAUAAAAUGUUCAUU